AUGUACUUUUCAGAUUGCCUCUUUACUCUGUCCUUGUUUGUCCUUUCAGGAACCUACUGUAACGGGACGGUUGACCUAUUUGUGUGUUGGCCCCACUCAGCUCCUGGUAAUGUGUCAGUGCCCUGUCCUUCUUACCUCCCCUGGGUCACAGAGGAUGACUCCAGGAGUGUGUACAGGCAGUGUCUGUCCAAUGGGAGCUGGCGACUCCAGGAGAAUUCUUCGGAAGCCUGGCGGGACCAGAGAGAAUGCGAUGAGAAACGUUUCUUUGAAGCCGAGGAGAAUGAGGUGUUUCGCCAAGGAGCACUGAGGGUUAUCUCCAUCGUCGGCUAUGCUCUGUCCCUCUUCUCCCUCUCUCUGGCCACUCUCCUCAUGGGCAUUCUCAGGAAGCUCCACUGUACGAGGAACUACAUCCACAUGAAUCUGUUUGUGUCGUUCAUGAUGAGAGCCAUAGCCGUUUUCAUAAAGGAGAUGGUUUUACAUGUCAUGUACACCAAGCUACCCAUUGACGACCCAGGGUGGAACUCAUACUCCAACUCAGUGAUAGCGGUGGUAUGUAAGGCCUCCCGGAUGUCCAUGGAGUAUUUUGUAGCCUGUAACUACUUCUGGCUCCUGGUGGAAGCCAUCUUCCUCCACACUCUCCUCUUCACCGCCGUCCUCACCAAGAGACGGCUGCUCAAGAGAUACAUGCUCAUUGGCUGGGGUACUCCAUUCGUGUUUGUGGUGCCAUGGACAGUUACCAAAGUUUUAUUUGAAAAUGAAGGGUGCUGGGCCAAUCAGGAUAGAUGGAUCUGGUGGAUAAUAAGAGGUCCGAUCACUGUAUCUGUGUUGGUCAUUUUCUACAUAUUCAUCAAAAUACUAAUGCUGCUGCUCUCAAAGUUAAAAGCGGACCAAGUGAGAUUCACAGACUACAGAUACAGCUUGGCCAGGGCUACACUAGUCCUGAUCCCUUUACUGGGAAUCCACGAGGUGGUUUUCACUCUCCUGAUUGACGAGUGUGUGGAGGGAAACACCCGCUAUGCCAGGAACGUCAUCAACCUCACCCUCAGCUCCUUCCAGGGAUUCUUGGUUUCUGUGCUGUACUGCUUCGCCAAUGGAGAGUUCCAGGCGGAGCUGAAGAAGCACUGGAAGCUCUUCCGGUUUACAAACCCCUUCCAGGUCACGCCCUGUAUUCACUACCGGGAUGCGCCCCUCAAACACCUGUGGAAGUGCUCCAGAGGCCGACGCUCCCAUCAAAACAAAUCAUAUGAGGAGGAGGGUGGGCCUGCCACACACUCACACCUGCUGCAGAAAGUGGACAACAACACCUGCAGUUAUAUUACGCAAUACAUAAAAAAGCUGUGUUAG